AUGAUGUUCGAAAAUGAGAUCAGCAAUGUCGUUGCCCUUCAGACCAGCGAUAAAUCAAUCUACGUUUACAAUAUGAUGUUCGAAAAUAUGAUCAGCAAUGUCUUUGCCUUUCAGGCCAGCAACAAAUCACUGUACGUUUACAAUAUCAUGUUCGAAAAUGAGAUCAAUAAUUUCGUUGCUCUUCAGACCGGCAACAUAUCACUGUACGUUUACAAUAUGAUAUUCGAAAAUGAGAUCAGCAAUGUCGUUGCCCUUCAGGCCAGCAACAAAUCACUGUACAUUUACAAUAUGAUUUUCGAAAAUGAGAUCAAUAAUUUCAUUGCUCUUCAGACCAGCAACAUAUCACUGUACGUUUACAAUAUAAUGUUCGAAAAUGAGAUCAGCAAUGUCGUUGCCCUUCAGACCAGCAACAAAUCAAUGUACGUUUACAAUAUGAUGUUCGAAAAUGAGAUAAGCAAUGUCGUUGCCCUUCAGACCAGCAAUAAAUCAAUCUACGUUUACAAUAUGAUGUUCGAAAAUAUGAUCAGCAAUGUCUUUGCCCUUCAGGCCAGCAACAAAUCACUGUACGUUUACAAUAUCAUGUUCGAAAAUGAGAUCAGCAAUGUCGUUGCCCUUCAGACCAGCGAUAAAUCAAUCUACGUUUACAAUAUGAUGUUCGAAAAUAUGAUCAGCAAUGUCGUUGCCCUUCAGGCCAGCAACAAAUCACUUUACGUUUACAAUAUGAUUUUCGAAAAUCAGAUCAAUAAUUUCAUUGCUCUUCAGACCAGCAACAUAUCACUGUACGUUUACAAUAUGAUGUUCGAAAAUGAGAUCAGCAAUGUCGUUGCCCUUCAGACCAGCAACAAAUCAAUGUACGUUUACAAUAUGAUGUUCGAAAAUGAGAUAAGCAAUGUCGUUGCCCUUCAGACCAGCAAUAAAUCAAUCUACGUUUACAAUAUGAUGUUCGAAAAUAUGAUCAGCAAUGUCUUUGCCCUUCAGGCCAGCAACAAAUCAAUGUACGUUUACAAUAUGAUGUUCGAAAAUGAGAUCAGCAAUGUCGUUGCCCUUCAGGCCAGCAACAAAUCAAUGUACGUUUACAUGUACGUUUACAAUAUGAUGUUCGAAAAAGAGAUCAGCAAUGUCGUUGCCCUUCGGCCCAGCAACAAAUCAAUGUACGUUUACAAUAUGAUGUUCGAAAAUGAGAUCAGCAAUGUCUUUGCCCUUCAGCCCAGCAACAAAUUACUGUAG